CUCUCCAUCAGCGCAUGACUAUCAGCAGUGCGGGGCUUCAUUGGUUCAGGAUCGUGUCAGUCUGAAGUGAUACUAGUGCAGACCCGCUACAAACUCCAGCUAUCAGUGAGGAGAGAGCAAAGCAGGACGGGAGGAAAAUGUUGCGGGUCUUUAGCGCCGGUACCGGCUGAACGGCUCAGACUGAUCGAUAACUCACCAAACACAUCGGAAGAAACAAGACAUUGCUGAGAAACGCGCUAAAUAUCGUCUGGUCGUCUGAGUUCUCCGUGGUCUCUCCAUGCCUCCGUCUCCUCUAGACGACAGGAUUGUGGUGGCGCUGCCAAGGCCUUUACGCCCUCAGGACCUCGGACUGCGCCGGGACACCAGCUCCCUGGAAGAAGCCAUCGAGGUGAAGAUCCAGGACACCAAGCUUUCGUAUAUGCCCUCGUCCAGCGGCUCCACGCGCUCGCUGACGUGUGGAUGCAGCAGUGCCAGCUGUUGCACCGUGACCACCUACGAGAAAGACGUUCGGGUCAGCGCCAGCAGUCCUAACUUAAACUCUGGCGUCGGAUAUGGCGUUCACGUGCCGGUGGGACACGGGAGUGCGCCGAGUCUCACCUCAAACUUGAUUAGGGGAGGCAUGCGGGUCAUCCACCCUUACGAGCUCGCUAAGAAGCUCACGCAAUGCCCGCUGGGACACCCGAUCGGCCCUGUUCCGGUUAUCAUCGACUGUCGACCGUUCAUGGAGUUCAACAAGAGCCACAUCCGAGGCGCCGUGCACAUCAACUGCUCGGAUAAGAUCAGCCGUCGACGGCUCCAGCAGGGCAAGAUCACAGUGUUGGAUCUCAUCUCCUGCCGGCACAGCAAGGACUCCUUCAAAGGGAUUUUUUCGAAAGAGUUGGUGGUGUACGAUGAAACCACGGUGGAUCCGGGCCGGUUGACGCCCUCGCAGGCCCUGCAUGUGGUUCUGGAGUCGCUGAGGAGGGAAGGGAAGGACCCCGUCGUUCUUAAAGGAGGCCUUUCCGGGUUCCGGCAGAACCACGAUGAUCUGUGCGAACACUCGCUUCACCUGGAGGAAGGACCGGACGGCAGUACCGCGAUGGGCCUAUCGGGGGCGCUACCUCAUUCCCUGCCCUCCACACCUGACAUCGAGAAUGCGGAGCUGACGGCCAUCCUGCCCUUCCUUUACCUGGGCAACGAACGCGACGCUCAAGACCUGGAGCAGAUGCAGCGCAUGGACAUCGGGUUCAUCCUGAACGUCACCACACACCUGCCGCUCUUCCACUACGAGCUCGGCCUCUUCAACUACAAGCGCUUCCCCGCCACCGACAGCAACAAGCAGAACCUGCGGCAGUACUUCGAGGAGGCUUUCGAGUUCAUAGAAGAGGCUCAUCAGGCCGGUCGAGGACUCCUCAUCCACUGCCAGGCCGGUGUGUCUCGGUCCGCCACCAUCGUCAUCGCAUACCUGAUGAAACACACCUGGAUGACCAUGACUGACGCCUACAAGUUCGUCAAAUCCCGGCGGCCCAUCAUCUCGCCAAACCUCAACUUCAUGGGUCAGCUUUUAGAGUUUGAAGAAGACCUGAAUAACGGUGUUACUCCACGUAUACUUACGCCCAAACUCACCGGCGUCGAGACCGUCGUAUAAGAUCUCCAAUUCCCACAUGGAAUAUGCUCUCGUUGCCAUUUUAGACACUCUCUUGGACGAGGAUUUGGAGACUUGCAUGAGGAGAACGACCCGUCCUGUGAGUGUUCAGCCAAACACUGUGUUGCGGUCACUUGUGAUGGCUCUUGGCCACUGGUGCUGGCUAAAGCCCCCAGAGGAGUCUGGGAAAUCAAGGCUUGUAUCAUUCUUCUAAAUCUAUUUUUAUACAGGAGCGCGAUUACAGCACUGUGCAAUAAUCAACAACCGGGUGUGUGAUGAUGUGUAUAUAACGAUACGAUACCGAGACUUCCGGCCCACCUGGUUAGACGUGCUUCUUUUGUGUUUUUGUCACGGAUCUUUUCAUUUAAGGUCAGUUUAGAUGACGCGAUGCACUGAUUUUCUUCUUUAUGACAUUUAAAAUAGUCACCAGUAGGGAUGCACCGAUAUGAACAUUUUGGCCGAUACCGAUAACCGAUAAUUCUUUAUAUUUAAAAGCCGAUAACCGAUAAUUAUUUAUAAUUAAAAGCCGAUAACCGAUAAUUAUUUAUAAUUAAAGGCCGAUAACCGAUAAUUCUUUAUAUUUAAAAGCCGAUAACCGAUAAUUAUUUAUAAUUAAAAGCCGAUAACCGAUAAUUCUUUAUAUUUAAAAGCCGAUAACCGAUAAUUCUUAAUAUUUAAAAGCCGAUAACCGAUAAUUCUUUAUAUUUGAAAGCCGAUAACCGAUAAUUCUUUAUUUAAAAGCCG